AUGGGCUUGAGUUUGAGCCUGAACCUGAGUCUGAGCAAGAGGCUGAACCUCAGGCUAAGCCUGAGCCUGAGACCUAAUCUUAGCCUGAUCUUGAGCUUGAUCUUGAGGGUGGGCUCGGGUCUGAAUCUAAGCCUAAACUCAAGCUUGAGCUUGGCAUUAAGUCUGAGUUUGAAACUGAGUCUAAGCCUACACCUGAGUCUAAGCUUGAGCUUGAGCCUGAGCCUGAGCCUGGGUCUGAGCCUAAACCUGAACCUGACUCUGUUUAAGCUUGAGCUUGGGUCUGAGUCUAAGCCCAAAAUUUAG